UUUUGUUGUGUAGAUCUGCGGCGGACUUCCUUUUCUGACGCAAGCACCCGGCAAGGCUGCUACACGCGUUUUCUGUUGCACCUUUUCCUGCAAAGCUGGAUUUUACAAGUGUUCAGCGCAGACAAAAAUAUAAUAGAAACUUCACAAAAACAUAGAUUGAGAAGUCCUUUCAAAGAUGUCUCGUUUCUUCGCCACUGGGUCAGACAGUGAGUCUGAGGAGUCCUUGUCCUUCGAAGAGGCCCCCCCUAAAGCAUCCGGAGGAAAUUUCAAGCAGUCACUGCUUCUUAGUGACGAUGAAGAGGACACCAAAAGGGUGGUGCGCAGCGCCAAAGACAAAAGGUUUGAGGAGUUGACUAAUUUGAUAAAGACAAUUCGCAACGCCAUGAAGAUCCGUGACAUGGCCAAAUGCUUGGAGGAGUUUGAGCAGUUAUGUCGAGCCUUCCUAAAAAGCAAGAACAUAGUGGACAAAGAGGGUGUCCCUUCUUUUUACAUCCGCCUUUUGGCCGACUUGGAGGACUACUUGAACCAGCUUUGGGAGGAUAAAGAGGGUAAGAAGAAGAUGAACAAAAACAACGCAAAAGCCCUGAGCACACUGCGUCAGAAGAUCCGCAAGUACAACCGAGACUUUGAAGCAGAAAUCACAUCAUAUAAGGAGAACCCACAAGAGUCUGCAGAUGAAGAGGAGGAAAAGGAGGAGGAUGAUUCUGAAGGAUCCUCCUCUGAAAGUGAAGGAGAUGAUGAAGAUGGAGUUUCAGCUAAAUCCUUCUUAAAGAAAAAGCCUGAAGGUGUUUCUGAAGCCAGCAAGUUCCUCAAAAGUGCAAAAGAGUCUGGGGACGAGUCCUCUUCUAGUGAUGAUGAUGAUGACGGUGAGGGCUGGGGGGAAGACACCGAGGAGAGUGGCAGUGAGAGUUCUGGUGAUGAAGAGGGGAAGAGCAAGUCACUGGCCACAGUUUUCCUCAAGAAGACCGCUGGACCCGACAGACCCAGCAUCAAAAAGAGCGAGAAGAAGAAGAAGAUCCAAAAGGUGCGGCUGGAGGAGGAGCAGCUGGAGGGGGAGGGAGAAGAGGGCGACGGACCCUGGGAGAAGGUUAAAGGAGGCGUCCCUCUCCUUAAGGAGAAGCCCAAGAUGUUUGCUAAAGGCACAGAGAUCAACACCGCCGUGGUGGUGAAGAAGCUGAAUGAGAUCCUGCAGGCCAGAGGCAAAAAGGGGACAGACAGGGCCGCUCAGAUCGAUCUCCUUCAUGCUCUUGCUGCCAUUUCUAACGAGAACAACCUGGGACAAGGGAUCCUGGUCAAGAUCAAGUUCAACAUUAUCGCCUCCCUCUACGACUACAACCCCAACCUGGCAGCCUUCAUGAAGCCCGACAUGUGGAAGAAAUGCCUCGAUUGUAUCGACGAGCUGCUGGAUAUUCUGUUUGAGAACAACAACAUCUUCAUCGGGGAGAACAUCGCGGAGGACAGCGAGAACCUGGCCGUCUCUGAGCAGCAGCCUUUCAGGGUUCGUGGUUGUAUCUUAACGCUGGCUGAGAGGAUGGAUGAAGAGUUCACUAAGAUCAUGCAGAACACCGACCCUCAUUCUCAGGAGUAUGUAGACAAUCUGAAAGAUGAAGGCCGGGUUUGUGGAAUCAUCGACCGGCUGCUCAGCUACAUGGAGAACAAGGGCUCCACGGAAGAGAUCUGUCGGGUCUACCUGCGCAGGAUCAUGCACACCUAUUACAAGUUUGACUACAAAGCUCACAGACGCAGCUUGGGCCUCCAGGGAGAGACAAAGUCCGAGCAGGACCAGGAGGAGAGCGAGGGGGAGGACAGCGCUGUGAUCAUGGACCGACUCUGCAAGUUCAUUUACGCCAAGGAUCGCACCGAUCGCAUCCGUACCUGCGCCAUCCUCUGCCACAUUUACCACCACGCCCUCCAUUCACGCUGGUACCAGGCCCGUGACCUGAUGCUCAUGAGCCACCUGCAGGACAACAUCCAGCAUGCUGACCCACCUGUCCAGAUCCUGUACAACAGAACUAUGGUGCAGCUGGGCAUUUGUGCUUUCAGACAGGGCAUGAUCAAAGAUGCCCACAAUGCACUGCUGGACAUCCAGUCAUCGGGCCGAGCCAAAGAGCUGCUGGGUCAGGGUUUACUUAUGAGGAACAUGCAGGAGAGGAAUGCUGAGCAGGAGAAGAUUGAGAAGAGGAGACAAGUCCCGUUCCACAUGCACAUCAACCUGGAGCUGCUGGAGUGUGUGUACCUGGUGUCGGCAAUGCUGUUAGAAAUCCCCUACAUGGCCGCCCAUGAGUUUGACGCUCGCCGCAGGAUGAUCAGCAAGCAGUUCCAUCACCAGCUCAGAGUGGGAGAGAGACAACCGCUGCUGGGACCGCCAGAGAGCAUGAGGGAGCACGUGGUGGCUGCCAGCAAGGCCAUGAAGAUGGGAGACUGGCGCACCUGCCACUCGUUCAUCAUUAAUGAGAAGAUGAACAGUAAAGUGUGGGACCUGUUUCCUGAGACGCAACGAGUACGAGAGAUGCUCGUCAGGAAGAUCCAGGAGGAGUCUCUGAGGACGUACCUGUUCACGUACAGCAGUGUUUAUGACUCCAUCAGCAUGCAGACGCUGUCUGAGAUGUUUGAGCUGGAGAUCCCAACGGUCCACAGCAUCAUCAGCAAGAUGAUCAUCAACGAGGAGCUGAUGGCAUCUCUGGACCAGCCCACACAGACGGUGGUGAUGCACCGCACAGAGCCCACCUCCCUGCAGAACAUGGCUCUGCAGCUGGCGGAGAAACUGGGCAGCCUGGUGGAGAACAACGAGCGCAUCUUCGACCUCAAACAGGGCGUCUACGGAGGAUACUUCAACAGAGAUCAGAAAGGUGGUUACCAGCAGAAGCAGUCGUACCAGAGAGAUCAGAAAGGCUCCUACCAGCAGAAGCAGGGUGGAUACCAGCGAGGCGGCUACAGGAACCAGAACCAAGGCGGCUACUGAUGUUGGAUCUCAGUUUUUCCCACCGAGCGUCGUCUUCAUUCCUCAACAGCACCAUAACCCGAGCUCACAGUCAGAACUGUACACACCUGAUCCUCACACUGCUGAAGAGGCAGCAGCUCAUGUCAACUAACUCUGACAGAAGGAAAUAAAGUAAAUAAUAAAGUUUG